AUGCAUUCUCAACGAGUUCCUUAUAUUCCUGCCGGAUGUGUUGGAAUUUCACAACAGGAUUGCCAUAUCAGUGAAGAAGAUUGGCUAUCCGAAGAAAAUCGAACAUGGAGAAGCUUCAUGCGGUACCAUGAUACUUUGAACAAUGGCGGGCAUGCCAUCCCAUCCGAUACGCCAUACAUCAAUCCCAAUCUGCAAGAGUCGCUCUUCCAGUCUUCAAAACUUUCACCAUUGGGCAAGUUGUUUCAGGCUCGUUGGUGCAAACUCGAAUUUUGCGUUAGCACCCUAGGCCAACAGCUAGGAAUCGUCAGGGUAUACUUGCUUCCAGAUGAUGUUCUGCGUCGGUCGGUUGAUCGCUCUGAUUCAAGCUUGGAAAAAGCAAGGUUGUUUGUACUCCGCUCUCUCGAUUAUUCGCCAUGCGCUUGGAAAGCUAUCAAAGAACCGGAUCACUCAGGUCGCCCAGUGCUUGAAGAUCCCAGCUCCAUCGAUAAUGAGAAGGAUGUCUCGCUCCUGGAACUCUUCAAUACCAUUCCCUCGCCUUGCCCAGACUUGAAUGCUGUCGAUGAGCCGUACACACAAGAUGCAAUGUACAAUCUCAUGGAAAGUCAGGUACCAGGACUCAAAACUACUUUGUAUUCGCACCAAAGAAGAUCCGCGGCUUUGAUGCUACAGAAGGAGACACAGCCCGGUCAGAUUCUUGACCCUCGACUGCUGCAUCUCAGAGACACAAAUGGCUCUCAUUGGUAUAUGGAUCCCGUAACCGGUGUUGUUCUUUUGGAGCCACGAUAUUACGACGGAGUUUCUGGAGGGAUUUUAGCAGAACAAAUGGGGGCAGGCAAGACAGCCAUCUGCCUUGCGCUGAUGCUUGCGACAAAGCAUUUACCGACAAGCCCGCCUGACUUUUACAAAGCUGGUGAACCACCCGUCAGACGAAGAAUCGCAUCCCUCGCCGAUAUGGCAGCUUCUUGCGCCACACGCCAUGCCGUUCCCUGGAAAUCUCAUUUCGAGGCGUGGAAAGAACAGCAUGGAUAUGAAUUUAGCCACUGUAACGAUGCCCUUUCGAGAAACCGCGGUUAUUAUUUUCUCCCCGCCCCAGAACCUCGUCGUGGUGGACGAAGCAACAGAAUUCCAUGUCAUGUGCCGUCCAAGAAGAUCUAUCUGAGUUCGGCAUCUGUAGUUAUCGUUCCUAACAACUUGGUCGCACAAUGGAAACAGGAGAUCAACAAACACACCGAAGGGCUCAAAGUUUUGAUUCUUGGAAAGAAUGAUGAAACUCCAUCGCUUGAAGAUAUCCUGACGUAUGACGUCCUCCUCUUUUCUCAAACAAGAUUUGAGAUGAUUCACAAACAAUUUGCUGGUGUCGAAGGCUCCGUCUUCACCUCCAUCCAUUUCAAACGAUGCAUCGUAGAUGAAGGACACAAACUUGGUAACUCGAAAAUGAGCAACCGAAGCAAUCUUUUGAUUGGUUUGGAUUCAAUGCAUUUCUCCUCCCGCUGGAUUGUCACCGGAACUCCCUCUCACGGCUUUACUCAAUCUCCGACCCCGGAUAAUAAAACGAAUCAAACCAAAAAGUCUUCGACCGAUGAAAAAAGCGACCUCGAGAGAAUUGGAUCUAUUGCCGCUCUGUAUUUAAAAGCUCGGCCUUGGGCAAACACCGUGAUUGAAAGUGGCGAUACGUUGGCUGACUGGACCACCUAUCUAAUGCUCCCAAAGCAUAGCUCCAAAAGUCAGGGUCGAUGGAAUUGUUUGGAAUCUACUCUCAACUCCCUCAUUAUCCGCCAUCGUAUAUCGGAGAUUGGCGCCCUUCUUCCGUCUGUGAACGAGAAAAUUAUCGUCCUUGACGGUUCAUAUCAGGACCAGCUGUCUCUCAACUUGUUUUCUAUGAUGAUAGUAUUCAACUCUGUCCAGUCGCAGCGCGAAGACAUGGAUUACUUUUUCCAUCAAAAGCAAAGAAAGGCUCUGCUACAAAUUGUACAGAAUUUAAAACAGGCAAGCUUUUUUGGAGGAUCUUUCUUUACUGUUGAUGAAAUCGCCAAAUCUGUGGAAACCGCUGAAAAAUUCUUAGUGGAGCGGAAAGUUCCCAUCAGUUCCGAAGAUGAAUCAUUACUCCAGGGGGCCAUCCAGUUCGGCAACUUGGCAAUCUCAAAUAAGCUGAGAAAUCUAACGAACCAAUUCCACGAAAUGGCCGUGUCGGUGACCGGCUUUCCUGGUAAUGCUGGUGAAUCCUGGUCCCUUGAUGGUGCAUCUGCGGAGAACGGCAUAUGUACCUCCACAAGCAUGCUGCUAUCCCUUCAGAAACUAAUUUACAAUGCGGCUGGAAGCGAAGAGAAGCUAAACUCCCUUUUGAAUGGCGAACUCAUUUCAGAAGGUGCACUCGAACGAAUCAAACUCCUAAAUGCGGCAGCACCCGAGAAAGAUUCCAAGUCAAAAGAUAAAUCCUCCGAGACACUCGCCGGUAAUACUAAACUGGGCGAUGAUAGCCCAAAGAAGACAAAAAUUACGGCGACGGUAUCCGCAAAACUCUCUUACUUGAUUGACAAUUUAGUCAAAUACCAAGAGGAGGAGAAAAUAAUCGUUUUCUACGAAAAUGAAAACGUAGCAUGGUAUCUAGCCAGCAUGCUUGACGUGCUUCAAAUUCAACAUUUAAUUUACGCCAAAUCUUUGAAGGCGGAAAGGAGAGCACAAUAUGUCAACACCUUCAAUCACAAUGAAAAGUUCAGAGUCCUCCUUAUGGAUAUCUCCCAAGCAGCGUUUGGUCUCGACAUGCGAGAGGCAUCUCGAAUCUACUUCAUCAAUCCCGUGUUGAAUCCUCAGGUCGAAGCACAGGCAAUAGGUCGUGCCCGACGAAUCAGUCAGAAGAAACCAGUGUGGGUUGAAACGCUUGUGCUGAAGAAUAGCUUGGAUGAAGUGAUUCUCGAACGCAAAGGACAAAUGACUCAGGCAGAGCAUCGCCACGUCAAAUCCAUUCUAGAUGUGCGGCCGAUCUUCAAUUGGAUCAAGAAUACUAAGGUUAGCCCAAUGGGCUCAAGCAGUGACAGCUACACUUCACAAAUGGCUACGCUACAUACUGCACAAGCCGUGUUUGGUAGAGGUUUCGGAGUCACAAGCCACCCAGAUGAGGAUAUUAUUUUAGAUGAGAACCGCACGCCGGACAAGAGAUUGCCGGUGCAGAGAUUACCGGUACUUCAGAAGAAAAGGGCCUACGAAGUCGGUCCAGGGAGUGAAGGAAUGAAGACGGACGAAAACGCGGCGAUAUCCAAGCGAGAAGCGAUAUCUCAGCCAGCUAGGCGAGUUCGUUUUGCAGCUGACUAG